UUCAGUUCUGCUUCAAGGUUCUCUCGGAUUUAGUCGUCUUCUACCCCAAUUUCUGCAAACUACGCUUCGGUGUUCUUGUUUCUGCAUUAAAUCGCUUAAGGUUUCAUUCGAGAUUGAGGUUUUCUUGGUAGUGAAAAGGGUUGGCGAAAAAUAUGGAUAGGAUCAGUAGUUUACCAGAUGAUCUUAUUGUUACUCAACUAGUCUCCUUCCUCUCGGCAAAAGCGGCUGCGUGCUUGAAGUGUACCUCCAAGAAGUGGCGGAAUCUGCUUACCGUCUUACCGAGUGCUGCUUUUGUUGGUUGCUACUCGUCUGAGCCACGUCUCAAAAAAUUCGCUGAUCAAUUAGCAUCGGCUCGACAUGCCAUUCACCGUUUGAGAAGAUUCUCUCUAAAGUUGGGGUCUUUGGAUUUUGCUCAGUAUAGUACUGUCAACGAUUGUUUACGAGAUGCGUUCGAGUGUGGUGUCUUGGAUCUUAAUCUGGACGUCACCGUCGAAGGAGAUUACUCACUUCCUUUUGAGAUCUUCACUUGCAAGAGCGUUGUGAAAAUGAAGCUAGGGUCUGGCUUUGUUAUUGACAUUCUCCCUACUAAUGCUUUGCUUCCUGCUCUGAAGACUCUCCUUCUUGAUUCAGUUCGGUUUGAUGAUACUGGUGGUUGUGCGUUUACAAGGCUUCUUUCUGCUUGCCCUGUGCUUGAGGAGUUAGCCAUAGAUGGAUUUAACUGUGAACGUUGGAAUUGGUCUCACACUGUGUCUAGUCAGAUCCUUAGGAGACUUACUAUAAGGCGUGCAUAUUCAGAAGAUGAAGAUUAUCAUGAAGACUAUGAGUUUGAGAGAAUUAGUUUUGAUACUCCCAGUCUUGCCUACUUAGAAUACGAUGAUUAUAUUCAUGACGAGUUUCCAGUUGUUAAUCUCGACUCCCUUGUUGAAGCGACCCUCCAUUUUAGUCUGAUGACUGCUUGGGAUGGAACCGAUCCAACGAAUCUGUUCAAGGGUUUGAAAAAUGUUCAGAUUCUGCGCUUAGACACUGUUGACACGAUGCUGGUGUUCGAGGCCGGCAUUGAUACAGCCACAGUGUUUGAAAACAUGUCUCAUUUAUAUAUGCCAACUGAACCAGGUAUUUGCUGGCAUGGUCUAAAAGUUUUUGUUACGAAAUCUCCGAAUCUGAAGACUCUGACCAUUGAGGAUUUGCACUAUACUUAUGAUAGCUAUCGGGAUUCGAAAACAGUUUGCGAAUGCUUAGAGGACUAUUCUUUCCUUUUGACCUGCCCUGUUGAGAUCCUAAAGAUAAGCCACUUCAAUGGAUAUAUCGGAGAAAUGGUGCAAGUAAAGCAUGUCUUGGAGAAAUUGCAGUGUCUAGUGCUGUUGGAAGUUCAUGUCCAGGCAACAAGUGAUGAAAAAAAGCUGCAGAUUUUGGACGAUCUCUUGAUGCUUCCGAGAGCUUCAUCCAAAUGCAAAGUCGAGGUCAAGUUCGGUUAUACAUACUAGAGUCUCACAACAUGAACUUGUAAAAUCACAGACGUGGUUCCUGGUUUGUUGACAUUAGAACUAGUGUUAUUUGUUUUGCAUCUUUCGUACAUGAUAGUUGUUCUGAAUCGAACAGUUAGGUGUUUUUGACAUCUCUGACUUAGUAGUUGUUUUGUGCCUAAAACACUCUUGAGUUU